CAGUCUCGAGAAACUUAAUCAAUUCCACUGACGAGGAGGCACUACAAAAUCCAUUGCAACAAAUCAGGAUAGUAAUAAAUAAGAUGUACAUCUCGCUUGAGGGAGGAAGAGUUAACAGCUCGGGCAGUGCUGCCAAGCGAGAUGAGAGAGCCAAAGAGAGGAGUUUCUUCGGCUUGCCGCGAUACCAACGUCGAAUCGGAUUCCGAUCCGAUCCCGCCUGUGUUUCAGUUUGUGAUUCGGCUUUCAGUCGGUGGCCGCGCACCAGAGCAACCAGUUAAGUUUCGCACCUGGCCAAGUGAUCGCGAUAUACGCAGUUUUCUUUUCCCCCGCACAGUGAGUGAAUGAGUGAGCAGGGAAAAUCGUGAAAAAUUACAAUCAUUCGACGAAAAUAACUAAUCAUCGUAAUUAUCAAAGAAAGAAAUUUUCAAGCAAAAUUCGAACGAGAAAAAAGUGGCAAAAUGAACUUUUUUGUGAUUGGCUUUCUGAUCAUGCAGGCGGCAAGAUUGGCUUGCGGGACGUGUGUUUUAUCGUCCGAUUUCGGGUUCAUAAUCGAUUGUAACUUCAAAAAGUCUGGACUGUUUCGUGUACGAAAUUUGGGUGGCCUAAAGGCCCAUUUCGGUUUAGGUUUCAGUCUGGGCGACGAGCUGGGCUUCCCGGAAUCGCUGGGCAACACGGAGAGCGAUCGUCGGCGAGCCAUCAGCUACAAGAAUGGAGCCCCGCCCGAUUUGGUGGGCGUGCUGCCCUCCACCCAGCAGCAGGUCAAUCCACCUGUGCAACACCCACUGCCCGAGAAGCGGAUCAGUUCGCGCUCCACCGGAGCGGCGCCCUAUAACCUGCAGCUGGUGCAACAGCAGCAGAAGCUGCAACUGCAGCAGCAGAAGCUGCAACAGCAACUGAAGCUGAAGCAACAACUGCUGCUACUGCAGCAGCAGCAACAGCAACAACAGCAGCAGCAGCAACCACUCAUGACCGAGGCCCGUCCACUGCCCUUGGGAGUGCCCGCCUUCCGCCCGAUUCCCCAGAAGCAAGCGGUCGCCACUCAGGCCUCCGUUUCGGUGCCAACCACGGCGGACAGAAGGGUGGCCGUGGACACGCCGGAGCCCAGGGUCAGCGUCAAUAACAAGCUGAUAAGCGCCAACGAUAAGCCGCACUCGAACCGCACCUUCCACGUGGCCAAUCCGGUGGUGUCCCAGCCUGUGGCCGUGCCCGUGUUCCAGGCGAUGCCCCAGUCGAUCGCCAGGAUCGCCAACGUGGGCAAGGAGCACCGGACGGUGGCCAGUCACCCGAACUACCUGCAGUUCGAGGAGCCCAAGUUCGACCUAAAGGACGUGACUGUCGAGGAGCUGGCUGCCGCCGCCAACGUCACAGUGGACACCAUCAAGCACGCGAUCUACGUGCGGGAGCAGCAGCUGAAGGCCGAGCACCGGGCCCAGCUGGCGGCCAAGUUGCGGGAGGAGUUCAUGCGCACCUCCACAGUGAGGACUACGACCACGACUACGACGACAACCAGUACGCCGCGUCCACAGAAAUCAUUGGCGGAGCACAAGGUGUCCAAGGUGAUGAACGCCCCCAAGGAGUACUAUCCGGUGGGCUACGACAAGAACUUCGACGACAACUUUAAAUCCAAAGUGGACCUGCCGCCCACGAGCUUCUCCUGCGCAAAGCAGAAGCAUUUUCCGGGUCUCUACGCCGACACCGAUCUUGGCUGCAUGGUCUUUCACGUAUGCGCCCUCACCGACGACGGCAUGGUGCGGAAGUCCUUCCUCUGCCCGGAGAACACCCUCUUCGACCAGACGAUCCUCAAGUGCAACUGGUGGUUCUACGUGGACUGCAGCUCCAGCACGAGCGUCUACGACUCGAACAUUCCGAUCUCGAAGAGCUACCAGCUGAUGAAGUCGCUCACCUACUUCUCCAAGUUCGCCGGGGGCCAGCGGCAAGAGCAGGAUGGCGACAAGGACGAGAACGCCCUGGACAUCGAGUCGCUGCGGGAGUCGAUGGAGGGCGUGCUCCGGCGCCAGGAGGAGGCCAAGAAGGCCGAGGAGCAGCGCGCCCUGCCCAAGGAGGACCAUGAGCACGUGGUGCCAGCGGAGGGAGAGCAGCAGCUGACCAACUAGCCUUCACCUGGGCCCAAUCCAACGCUAUCUGAGAUCUAGGUUAAGUGUUCACGAUCGAGCGUUUCUGGUCGGUUAGCCGUACGUAGUCAAAUCCUAUGCUCCAGUCAACGGUUUCAAUAGUCUCAUCCACUUCCUGGGCGGAGAAAAAAUUCCCCGAAACUGCCACCGAUUCGGAUUUGAUUUGGACAUCACAAUCGCCUAUUUGUGGCGCUUCAAAAUUACUUUUAAAAUAUCAAAAUAGUUUUCUUCAUAUCAGCAAGCACAAAGAUCGAAUGGCUACUAAAUGCUGGCAUGAUAUGGUUAAGAUUAUUUUGACUGAAAAUAGUGGACACUGGGGAACUGAUAUUGCUAUGAUUUUUUCUCUGUUUGCCCCAUCACUUACUGUGGCAGCUCCGUGCUCCUGAGCGCCCCUUAGAUGUAGUCCCUUCCUUAGGCGGUUAGUCUCUAGUUAAGUCCCUUCACCAAGUGCAGUUUGGUUCGGGCGGUUAAUUUUAUUACGUUCUAUUUAUUUAUUGUACAAGUAUUUUUCGUCAAUUAAACAUCGUUUUUUACAAGA